UUUUUACUCUAAUGGUAACCUAAUACGAGAUAAGAAAGAAAGAAGUGAGUUGUGAAUUGUGAUUUCAUGUCUGUAUAUCUAUCGUGUCGUAUCGUUUGUGUGCAAGUUCUUUUCUCUCAUUCGUUAUUUGCAGUGUUUCACUUUGUUAGCAUCGGAUUUUGAUUGAGAGUUAUUAGAUCUGUUUUCAGUGCAAGCUAAAUAAUUGGGAUAAUUUGAGGAUUUAAUAAGUGUAACAGUGUCAGAUGUGUUUGUAAAGAUGAAACGAACACAUAAAAUUCUGUGACCUUUUAGCAUCCUAGAAGUGAAACAAUAUGUGUACCAAUGAAUGACAUACAAUAACAGUAGUCAAAGUAUUAUCUACCUGUUUUAUUGCGAGGUGCCGUAAGUUUACAAUGGGGCCCAAAGGGGCUCCUCCAUAAAAUUAUUAGUCGGUCAUAAAACAAUUAAACAAGAUUGAUGUCUCUGGCACAAAAACUAAUAGCCUAUGAUGGUCCAAGGACCCCAGUUGAGAAGGAGGGCAACGAGCGAUGAUACCAGGCUGGUCGCAAGCGAUGCCAGGUGGAGUCACGUCAGUAGAUCGCGUCACGGCGCGUUCAGCUAGUGAGGAGCCAAGUUACGCGGCGUGUGAUGUUUGUGCGCAAUGUCAGGCAAGCCCGCGAGUGUGGGCGCGUCGCGAGCGGGCGUGCCGGGCACUCCGCGCGUGGUGGUGUACGUGGCGGACCCGCGCCAGCUAGAGCCCGGCGCCGCGGGCCCCGACCCGCCGCCCGCACCCUCGCCGGCUGUUCCCGCCGCGGCUGCCAGCGGCCCGCCGCCGCUCGACACCCUCUACAUCCCUGAGAACCUGCAUCACCAAGUCAACUUGUCAAGAAGUGCACUGUACAGAACACAAAUUGAUAGAAAUGAUCAGAGAAACUUGCCUGCUACUAUAUUCUACAAACAUUUAAAUGAUGACAACAAAGUAGGUGUUUAUGGUUCACCUGAUAACAUUAAUCAAAGAGCGGAUUACUAUCCAGUUCAGCAGCAGUACAUUAAAGAUACAUGCAUUAAAGGUGAGGAUAGAAUAGAACGUCCAUCAAGUGCUUCUGUAAAACAAGACUGUAAUGAACAAGUAGCUACAGAAUAUAACAGUGUUGAAAACUUUCAUAACAGAAUACCAGUAGAAUCUGUAGAUGUGUCAACAUAUCAGGCAAGAUGCUCUGGCCCCAUUGGUUCAGAUAAUACUAUGAAUUCAAUGCACCCAGCUACAUUGCGUCAUGGGCAGAAUCAAUACAGUGAGAAUGUAACAGUACAGAGUGGUGUUGAGGGAUCAAAUUGUAGUGAAAGAGAGUUAUCUGUGUGUAAAAGUUUUGUGAACUAUCAAUUCUUAGAACAGAGUGUAUCUCACCAGUCUAUAGUGAAUCAAAGUAUAAGUAUACUUAAUCAACAAGUAGGUGUGAAUAGAGGAAUAGUAAGUGAAGGUGAUAGUGGAAGUGCACCACAGCUGGUCCGGACUGCAGACGGUGUGGUGCUGGCAGUGUUGCCGGCCCCCAUCCUGUCACACCCCCCUGACAAUCCAGAGCAAGGCUCUAGGACAGUUGUGCAAAGUGAACCUUCACAGACUGUAACUGUGCCCCUAGGUUGGAAAAGAAUCAUCAGUGGAACAUCAGUUCUUUACGUUAGUCCUAGCGGCACGGCUUUGAGUAACCUGCCUCAAUUACGAGAUUACCUACAGACAGCUGGCACCUGUAAGUGUGGACUCCCCUGUCCAUUGAGACCGGAAACAGCCUUCAGUUUUGAUUCCAAGGUGGCAAGUAAGCCUUACCAAGCGGCGUCUGGCGCGGAGUUGACAAAACUGUGCAACCACAAGCGGAAACUGCUGACAACGUUGCAGGCGCGGGCGCAGUCUCCUGCCACGCCGCCGCCACAGAAUAUCGAACAGAAGAAAGCAACGGGCACUGAGGUAUCCGUUUUAAAGAAAAAGAUGAAGAAACGACCUGGGUUCCCGGCUAACGUGAGCGUGUCACAAUUGAUGGUGCAGAGGGAACGGCCUCUCAACGAGUUUAAGACACAGGAAACUGAAUCUAAUCGGGAAAGCUCAACGGCCAUGGGACCACACCGUGGUGCCGCCGGUCAGCCCUGUCUGCCUUCCUAUCCGUCAGUGCAGCAGAAUGUGAUAAAUAACAUGUCACAAGACUCUGAAAUAAAACAGGAAACGCAUGUUCAAAGGAGUUCCCACUACCUCACUGUCAAUAGCGGUUGGAUAUCACAACAUUCGCAACACAUGGAAUCACUUGAAGCUGGGCAGAAACAGAAUCCAACCAUGAACUCUAUAAACAAUACUCCUAGUCCAGGUCUUCCGGUGUUAGGAACAAAUGGACAAAUAAUUGGUGUUAAUACGGGUAUAAGUAAACACCAGAGUUAUAAAAACAAUUCGUCGGCAGCAUCUCAAGUCAUAUCUGAACAAGAACAAAAAGACGAUAAAAAAGAUUUAUCUGCGAUGCAGCAAAACAUGCAUUCAACCAAAUAUCACAACAAAGAAGAAGAGGCACAAAUGUUUUGCGGCUUAAAUCAAGCUUUAACGCCAGAAGUGAUGCAGAAAAUAAAUGAACAACAACAAAUUUUUAUACAGCAAAAUCAGAAACAGAUUGAAAUGGCCAUGAAGGGAUAUAGAACACAAUUUAGUGAUAAUGUAACUCAAAAUAAGUCGCAGAAUCAUGGUCAGUAUGUUCCUCAAGGGCAAUUAGUAAUACAAAACGGGACCGUAGUAAAAACCAAUCCAGCUAAAACACCUCCAUGGCAAGUUAAACGAAGCGAGCCUAGCGUCCCUAAUUCUAUGACAAGCCCAAGUCCAAAACUCCUGAAAUCGGACAAUGAGUUAGAAGAGCCAAACACCAGUGUGUCGGAAGAUUCUUCGUCUUCGUCAUACAGCUCGUUCUCAAGCAAUGAGCAGGUAAAUAACCAAGUCAUGUGCUCACGAGUGCCACCUCUACCGCAGCACUAUAAUAUGAUGGGUCAACAAUGGCCAGGUGUGGAAACUAAUAAAAAGAAAGCAAAAGGUGGUAACAAAGGUGCUAAGAAGAAGAAUAAUGCAGAAAAUAAGGUACUUACUUAUGGUAAUAACGGGCUCAGGAUGAUGCAGGACUCAAAAGCUUCGAAUGAUGAAGUACCCAUUAACAACGUCCCCUCGUUUAUGGAUGACCCCAGCGGAUAUUUAGCACAACAAACAGUGCUGUUAAAUAAUACUAUCUCUAAACAAGUGGGGAUUAAUUCCACAUAUGAUGCGAAUCAGUAUGAGAAUUCAAAUGCCAGCAAUUGCUGUGUUCCGCAAAAUCACAUAGAUAAGUUAAAAUCAAUGACUAAACCAGUAGAAAUGCCUAACGUGUACAGAAAUAAUGCGUCAAAUCCAUCACUAUCGCCUACAAGUACUCCGGACAGCAGUGUACUGUCAGACAAAUCCAUGGACAACACUCUGUCACAAUGCUGUAAAGGUUGCAAUGUCUCUGUGAAAAGUAACAGUCCAGAAUACAAUGAUAAUCAAAUGAGAAUGAAAUACAUGAAACAUCACAUGUACAAGAUGGAACUAGACAGUAAUUCAACAAUGUCGAGUCCUAAACACGGAUUUGAUGACAAUCCAGUGACGUCUUCAACAUUUAUCGACAGAAGUCCAAUGAUGCAUGAUAACUGUGGUCCUAUCCAAGCUGCUACGGUCAGCACUAGUAAUGUGUCCAUCACAGAAACACUCCAGCCUCCUGAACAGUCUCCGACGUUAUCCAACAGUUCACGGAAUACGGAUACUCCGCACAGUAAUGGGAACAAUAGUUCGCAGAUACAGUCCAAUUGCAAUUACCCUAUACCCAGCCCAGCUUACUCAAAUUCCGGGCCUUGUAGAGACAACUACAACAGUAAUACUCCCACUCCUGGAAGUAAUCAAAUGUAUCCCUACAACUCACCCGGGCCACCUAAUCAUACUCAGUCCAUGACUGGAACUCAAGUGAUGCAUUUCAUAUCAAACCACAAUGUUAAUAAAAAUUUAAUGGAAGUUGAUAACAUAUCAAUGCUUGGCGUCAAACCUGGUUUGAAACCAUCGCAAGACAUGUGUAGGUUGGAGCCAAGGCGAAGAAUUGAAAACUCAAUGCCUGGAUACUGUCCACCCCCGCACCUGGGCGGCGGUCCUGCUCAUACAUUGAUACAAGCAUGCUAUGUGCAAACGUUUGUAACGACUAUGGCCAGCGGGUUUUCGGUAACUCGUGAUACGGUCACGUCAGUGCUAGCUGGAAAAGCCAACACUGCUACAACAUCUAUAAACGCUUCCCAAGCAAACUUUAUAAGGCCACCUCCGCCGCCAAGUGUCAAUCUCGCAACAACAUAUGCCAUUCCGAACAAUCAGCCAGACCCAUUCAUACAUUCAGUCAACUUACCAACCAGCUAUCCAUUACAUAUAGCUGGCACGACUGCACAGAAUAUGAUAUCUAAGUCGCCUCUUGAAAUGGUUCAAAAUGUUAUCGGUAGUUUGCCUUUAAAACCGGAGACAAGUACGCAUACGUCAUCAUCACAAUUAAAUAGAAGAGCGUGUUCGACAACACCUGGCCAAAUAUUGAUAUCGUCAACUGGUCAGAUAAUGGUGUCUAGUAAUCAUAUGCCGCCACCUCCACCGAAGACGUCGACUGCAGUAGCGUCGUUACAGGGCAACGUGACAAACGUGACCACAUCCAUGACUCAAGUAGUACCGGCUGUAGGUGGUAUGCAGCCGCUUGUUAACCAACCCACAGUUGUAGUCAAUACCUUGCCAGCUCCUUUCGUCAUCCAACCGCCAAUGAUGGCUGUCGAUGGACAAGUCAUGCAACAAAAUAUACCACAAAUAGUUGCGGGCGGUAUAGUAUCUGGUCAGUCACCAAAUGACGGCACACGGCAAAUUGAUAUGAAGAGCCAGCAAGGAUUCGUACAGGGCAUGGCUAUGUUGUCGCCGGAGAGUCUAAAGAAGAGAAGUAAGAAGAAAAAGAAUACGUCAAACAUCACAAACGUUUUACAAAUAACUGCACCGCAGCAAAAUACAAAUAACAUUAUGGUUCAUCACACUUCACCACAACAUAAUUCUAGUCCUCAGUUCUCACCGCGUGGUUUUCAACUAUCUCCAAACAACAACAUAUCGCCCACUCCUAUGCUUCAAGCUUUAACUAUAGUUCCUGGCAAAUCUGGUACUCCGGCCCACAUAGUUAUGAACGGACAAGGGAAUACUAACAACUUUGGUUCUCAGCAGAUUAUAACAAACACUUCACCAUCGCAACAAAUUAAUUUACUACAACCAGUCAACUUGAUAAACAAUGCCAGUAGCGUUGUGCCAAAUUUCCCGGCUUUCCAACAAUUCAUCGUCCCGAAUCUUGGUGGAAUGAUGAUGACUGCUGAUGGUACAGCUCUAAUACCUGACAAUUCGACUGGAAUGCCUGUGCAAUUACAGUUGCAAACUGUUAAUGGUCAAAACGUGCUGACCCCGGUCCAAAAUCCGGGAGUUUUUGCGGCGAGCACUAAUGGUGGAGUAGUUCUACGGACUCAGAACCAGCAAAGUAAAAUAAUACAAUCACAACAUAGUCCGGGAGCGCAAUUUAUAUCGCCUAAUAGUCAAGUUAUGAUGAACAGUCCGAACUUUAAUGGUCAACUGAGUCCUUUACUUGCUAACUUAAGUCCGACCAACGUGACAUUUAAUACCAACCCACAAGUCAGAUCGGGCAACGUGCAGACACAAGAGUUUAUACAAACCAAUCAAAUGGGGCAAGCUCUAAUGGUUCCGUUGUCUCCAAAACAAGUUUCCUUAUCGUCGGCCGCAAGCAAUCGAAGCAACUCAACGUUCGUCCAGCAGAACACCACGAUUGUGCAACAGCAAACGACACUCGUGUCGAACUCUCAUAACUCGCAGAUGUCGUCGAUAACGACUAACCUGCAGGGAGGGAAUACGUCGCGGCUGAGUAUAGACCCUAAUAUUCUGCUGGGAGGGAAGCAGAUCAGCAAUCAGAAGGGGAGGAGCAUGGGAUCGUCUCCUCCGGGGCUGCGGCAGGCGGACUCCGGGGGCGAGGCGGUGGCGGCGGGCGCGGCGGGCGCGGCGGGCUACGCGUCGCUGCUGGCGGAGUGGGGCGCGCGCAGCUCGGUGUGCGCGUCCACGCAGACGCUGGCGGGCAAGUCCCCGGCGGCCGGCAGCCCGCCCGACACCACCACGCACAGCCCGCUGGGCGCGCUCGAGCCCGCCGCCAGCCCGCGCGCGCACCCGCCCGCAGACACCACCACCGCAGAGCCAGACCACUCCGACAACUGCUCCUCGGCUAUGGUGCAAUGCGUGUCUAGUAGUGAGCCAGAUAUAGCGGAAUCUCGUGAACAUUCCUGGCCUAGGGCACGAAAUGACUUCAACUCUGAUACAGACUCGCAAAGCAUGAUUUCAAACACAGCACUUAUGCGCCAAAAUCGCUCACACAAUCCAGUUGAAUCAACGGACAUGCAUUUUAAUCAGAAUAUGAAUUCGUCAACGAUUAACAACCAGCCAGUCAUGCCGAUGACUUCAAAUUAUUACGAGCGGAGUCAGACGUAUAAGAGGAAAAAUGAUUUCGGUGACGCAUCCACUUACCGGCCUGACAAGAUAAUGCGGACUCCCAGCUAUAACAUGGUACAUGGGAUGCCGAAGGAUUCUGAUUAUGAAGCAAUGGGUAUGAGUUCUCCAGAUAAAACACAGUCAAGGCAUUUCCCACAUUCUGGCACGAGUUCAGACACGACUCCUCUGCCUAAAGUAUAUGAUAGACAUAAUAUGGGUUCCGGCGAUGGUGCGCGGCGGCGCUUCAGCGUGGGCGACGUGGUGUGGGGCCCGGUGGCGGGGCACGCGUCGUGGCCGGGCGCGCUGGCGGGCCGCGCGGGCCGCGGCCGCUGGGCCGUGCGCUGGUUCGGGCCCGAGCGGCGCCGCGCCGUGCUGCGCCAGGACAAGCUGCUCACGCUCUGCGAGGGGCUGGAGGCGCACCACGCCGCCAGGACCCGCCAUCGGAAGAGUAGAAAACUGAACACUCUCCUCGAGAACGCGAUUCAAGAGGCGAUGGCGGAGCUAGACAAGAGGAGCGAGAGGGCGUGCGAGGCGGACGAGGCCGGCGAAGCCUCGCCCCUCGCCGAGGACGAGGACGACGAGCCCGCCGAGCUGGACGCGCCGCGCAGGCACAGGAAGCCCGACAGGACCCGCGCCAAGGACAAGCACAACAAGAAGACCCCCGCUAAGGUAGCGGCCGGGACCAACGCCUCGGCCGACGGCGCCCGGCUGCGGAGCUCGCGAUGACGACCCGAGCUCGGAACCACACUGUUGGAGCCGCCGUCUUGAAUCGGGCGGCCUGAAUACUCAACUGCGAGCGUCUUGUAUAAUCAAUACAUCACAUAUGUUGCCGUCAAUAGCAGUGUUAGUUAGUGCGAGUUGAUCGUUCAGUGCGCCCGCUUAUUCGGAGUACGGAUGUGGUACAGAGUCCGCCUUAUUCAGACGUUAUGUAGAUUUAAAUAUUAUAGAUAAAGAAUAUUAUAACGCGAGAUCUAAGUUUGAGACUGGCUAUUUCGGCAUGACAUAGCAAAAAUAACACAAUGAAGUGGUUUUAUUAGCUAAAUACUUCUCAUCACUUAAUAUACAUCACAACGACAUUUAUUUUACAUUGUUAAUUUAUAAACUGUAGUUAGAACAAGAAUGUUGAGAUUCAUUAUAUUAAAGACUUGAUGUUUUAUUUCCAACUUGUAUAUUUAAUAUACCGUUCAGUGAUUAUAUACCAUUCCGUAUUACCUAUCGUUUAAUUGGGAUCACUGUAUAUAAGGUUUGUAAAGUUUGUGUUCGAAAUGUGUCAUCUUUGGAUCAAAAUUCCUUCUAGACAUUAGAUGUUCCUAAAAUUAUGCAAAUUAUUUCAUAUAUGUAAUAACAAGAUACAGUGUUUUAUAUUAAAUUAUAAAUGUGCAUUGUUUAAGUGUAGCAAUCAUGAUUUAAAAUCAUUGUUGUUUCACAUUAAAUGUAUUAGAUUAAGCAAAGAUCAUACUUUAAGUAGGUUUCUCUCGAUAUUAAAGAAAAUAAAUGAAAUUCCACACCUGUCAUCGAUGUAUUGUACAAUUUUAGUGAACUGUAAAUUGAUAAGAAAUUAUGCUAUAUAUCUUGUAAAUUUUAUGUGUUUUGUUAGAAAGUAAUAAGUAUAACAUGAUUUCUAGUCAAAAUAUUGAGCAUAUUGAAAUGUAGAUAUAGAGGAGAUAAUUGACAAUAACACAGGCCUGGCGGGUCGCGCGCCGCACGCGUCGACAUUGUUUCGGUUGAAUAAUGAAUAAGUACAGUACAUAUUAGUUCGACAUUAUCGUACUUGUUUGCGUUAAUAAUUUUAUACUUUUGUUAAUAUUUUAGAAAUAAAAUAUUUUAAUGAUAACUCGACAACAAUUUUGAUAUAGGAGGCAGUCAGAUUUUAUCUAUAGUAUGUUACAACAAUGUUGGAUAGUAGAGAAAUAAACGUACGUCAGCGAUAUUUAUACGUUUUGUAUACAAUUUUAUUAAACCAUAUCUGGAUUUAAGUAGGCCUAUUUAAUAUACAAACAUAGUAUUCAUGUAAUGAAUGGCAUUCGACGUUUGUGUUACAUCGAUACUAGACAUCACAGCGACAUCAUGCGUUAGCACACGUUUAGAAACUAAUCUCAUCAUCUCAUAGUUUUCUGU